AGCAUCAUAAUAAAAAAUAUCAAUUGAGCUAUUAUGAAUUUAUAAUAUUUUUCAUUUUCAGAAUCUGAAGGAAUUGAAAAUGCAGCCUCAGUAUUUGAUUCAUCUGUAUUUUGGUCCUCAUUUCGGUUGAUAACGCAAAGGAUAUUCGUAAUAUAACAAAACUAAGCUUCGCUCUUUCAGUUGAAGAAAAUAUCUCGUUGGCAAAUUUUUCUCAAAUGAUCUCAAGUAUUGAGAAUGAUUUGAAAGACUUAUCCUCAGUUUUCUUCACAUUCCCUAAAGAGCAAGGAUUAACAUUGAGAUCAAUAUUAAGAAAGUGGUUCAAACAAAUAUUUUCUGAUUUUGAUGAAUAUUUCAAGUUUCUUCAGAAAAAACCAGUUAACAGUCAGGCGUUCAAGAACGAUCUAAAGCACGUUCAAGCAGUUAUUUUGAAAUCAAUUGAAGAAAUAGAUAAUCUUCCUGCAGACAACAAACUAGCCACUAUUCAAGUUUUAGAAGAAGAGCAAGCACUGGUCGAUGAUGCUAUCCAGGAAUUUGAUGAGGUGGGGAAUAUGAUUCAAUAAUAAAGAAUUAAUAAC